CUCUCAGAGGGCGCCUCAAGGUGGCCGCAGGGUCAUGGAGCUGCACGAGGCCGCCCCUCCCCCCGCGGAGGUCAAGCACCGUUUGGAGACGCCCUUCGGGCUGCUCCACGCCUGGGUCUCGGGGUCCCCGCGGCCCGGCCGCCCCGCCCUGCUGACCUUCCCGGACGUGGGGCACACGCACCUGACGUGUUUCUCGGAGCUCUUCGGGCACGAGGAGAUGCAGGAGAUCGCCCGGAGCUUCCACCUGGCGCACCUGGAGCCGCCCGGCAUGGAGGAGGGGGCGCCGCCCUACCCCCCCCGGUACCAGUACCCCUCCCUGGAGCAGUUGGCCGAGGCCCUCCCGGGGGUCCUGCAGGGCCUGGGCAUCCGCAGCAUCGUCGGGGUGGGGGUGGGGGCCGGGGCCUUCGUGCUGGCCAAGUUCGGGCUGCUGCACCCCGAGGCCGUGGAGGGGCUGGUGCUGCUCAACCUCGACCCCCGCGCCAAGGGCUGGAUGGACUGGGCCGCCAGCAAGCUCUCGGGGCUGACGAUGUCGACGAACGAGAUGAUCCUGAACCACCUCUUCACCCAGGACGAGCUGGCGGCCGCCCCUCCCCCCGUCCGGCGGGUCCGGGAGCACCUGGCGGCCACGCCCAACCCCGCCCUGCUCUGGGCCAUGUACACCAGCCGCGCCGACCUGGGCCUGGAGCGGAGCGGGGCCGGGAGCCUGCGCUGCCCGGUCCUGCUGGUGGUCGGUGACAACGCCCCCCACGAGGACGCCGUGGUGGAGUGCAACGCCAAACUGGACCCCACGCAGACGUCCUUCCUGAAGAUGGCCGACGGGGGCGGGCAGCCGCAGAUCGCCCAGCCCGGCCGGCUGACCGAGGCCAUCAAGUACUUCCUGCAGGGCAUGGGCUACAUGGCCGCCUCCGCCAUGACUCGCCUGUCGCGCUCCCGCACCGGCUCCGUCACCGUGGGGGAGGGGGAGCGCGGCCGCAGCCGGACCCUGAGCCGCGGCAGCACCGGGGGAGGGGCCGCCCCUCCCCCCGCCAGCCCCUGAGGGACUCCCCCCCCGUUCGCCCCCAGAUAUUCACAGGGAAAUCCCCCUGACCCCUGGGACCCCUCAAAACCCUCUGGGACCCCCCCCAAAAGACCCCCGCCGGGACCCACCUUGGGCCCUCCGGGACCCCCCAAAUGACCCCCUGGAACCCCAAGGGAUCCUUGGGACCCCCCAGUGGCCACCAGGAUACCCUGGGAUGCCCCUGGGACCCCUCCCGUGUGACCACUGAGACCCCCCUCGGACACUCCAGGCCCCCCCCUCCCAGAAUCCAUCUGGGACCCCCAACCCCCAGAGUGGCUCCCCCGGGACCCCCGCAUCCCUCCCCACUCUCCCCGAGAAUCCUCAGGGCCCCUCGGAGCCUCCCCGUGGUGGCAAUAAAGGCUCAAAGCAGUGACAGAA